AUUGCAGAAAUAAUCAACGAAUAGCCACAACUCUCUCUCUACCCCCCUCUCUCUCUACACUGCUUUCCUUCUUCCUUCCUAAGUUCUCCUCUCUCCCUCUGAGUCCCUCACACACAUACACACAGCAUAUCUAUAGGUGUAUGUGAAACAGUCCAGGAGACUCGCGUUCUCACAGUACGGGCUCAAAGGGUUGUUAACAGUUUGUUCGGUUUGAUCCUAAACUAAAUCCUAAAUUUCAGAGAGACUUUGUGUGUGAUUUUUUGAAUUUUUUUGGGAAAAAUCUGAACAAGCCCUAGAAAUUCGGUGUAUGGCGUCGUCGAAGGUGAUGGCGUCUACAUCACAGCCCAAUCCGGAUCUGCCACGCCAGUCCUCAAUACUAUCUCUCACAGUCGCUGACCUCCAAACUGAUCAGAGCAAGAACUUUGGGUCCAUGAACAUGGACGAUUUGCUGAAGAACAUGUACAACGAUCCGGAGGCAUUUUCCGACAACGCCGUGGCCGGUGAUGGUGGAUUCGCCGCCGCCGACGGUGGUGGUACUGGUGGAGAGGUGUCGUUGUCGAGGCAGGGGAGCUUUACUUUGCCGAAGAGUGUGGGGACCAAGACGGUGGAUGAGGUGUGGAAGGAGAUCGUCCACGGAAAUGGAGAGGGCGACCGUGAGCCGGAGAUGACUCUGGAGGAUUUUCUGACGAAGGCCGGAGCUGUGAGGGAGGAGGAUGUCAGAAUUCCGGUGAUUCCGACGCCGACGGGGUUCGGUGUGGAUUCGAUGAUGAAUGCUGCUCAGUUUCAGGUUCCGCCGCAUAUGCAAUCGUCGCGGAACGGACCCGGGGGUUUUGGUGUCGAUCCGGUGGGAUUUGGGAACGGAAUUGAUGGGAGGAUGGUUGCGGUUGUGUCUACUGGUGGUGGUGGUGGUGGAGGUGGCAGAGGGAAGAGGAGGGCCGUGGAGGAGCCGCCUGUGGAUAAGGCGACACAGCAGAAACAGAGGAGAAUGAUUAAGAAUAGAGAGUCAGCUGCUAGGUCGAGAGAACGAAAGCAGGCCUACACUGUUGAAUUAGAAUCAUUGGUGACCCAGUUGGAGGAGGAUAAUGCACGUCUUUUGAGAGAAGAGGCUGAGCAGAAUAAGGAGAGGUUUAAGCAGCUGAUGGAGAACCUGGUUCCUGUCGUGGAGAAACGAAGACCAAGGCGAGUUCUUCGAAGAGUGCAGUCCAUGUGCUGGUAGGUUCUUCAAAAUUUAUGUUCAAUAAAGGUUUAAAAAAACAAAAAAAGGAAUUCUCUGUUCUAUCAAAGAACAGAAAGCAUGGAGCAAGAAGACAUUCCUAUUAAUUGAAGUAAAAAAAACCCGGGUCAGACGUUCAGCUGGCAGCUCCUAGUCAUUUGUAAAGAGAAGCUGAGCGCAGCCAAAGAAUUGAAGUAAAUUUAUUAGAACUGAAGAUGAAUAGGCAGCUUGUGGAAGGUUGCGUCGAAGUGUUAGUUGGUUUGCAUAGUUAGUUGUUAUAGGAAUAGGAAACCAUCUAAUUUACAGUUCAGUUCAUCAUCCUGAAUAUGUCCGAGGGAGGAAUGACUCGUAAAACUGGACUGAUAUAUAGUUUCUAUCACAUUAUUAUGUGGAUACUGAAGUGACUUGAUGAACUAUGUAGCUAUUUGAUAUUUUGAAAUAAAAGAAUGAGAUAGAAGGUUCAUAUUA